AUGGCGCUACCCAAGCCCACAGUGUCGCCCUUGGCCACUGCAGCAUCCGCAAAAGAAACUCGCGACGAGAGCGACGUGAUUCGGAAUCUAAGUUCACUCGAUCGGCUCACUGAGCUCAACUCCGUCGACUCGCCUCUUCUUCGCCUUCCAGCCGAGAUCAGAGUCAUGAUCUUCAACCACGUCUUCAGCGGCGAAAAGUACCUUUUCCACAGACAUGAGGUUCUUGCAGAUGCGAUACUUGUCUCUUGUGGACGAUCAUUUACGGAGUUGAACAUGAGUCUUCUCUUGGUCUCACGUCAAGCCCACGCCGAGACCGCCUUGCUCCCGUAUAAGCUCAGCACGCUCUGUUUCCCUUCCCAGUCAGGCUGGUCAACUUGGCAGCACAGCAUCAAACUCUUCCUUGAGGAGAGAUCGGUCGAACAAAUCAAGGCGAUCGUCUGUUUACAGGCUCAUGUGGUUACGUACGACCCUCAAUGGGGAGGGGAGAAGACUGGGGUAUGGUGGGCCAACAAACUAGGUGUUUGA